AACACGUCGACAUGGAGAAGAUAAACAGACGAGUAGCACAGCCGCUGUUGACGUUGUGUACAUCUGAAAUGGGCGCAUAAAUGUUUGUGGAAAGCAGCGUUGCAUGUCACAUUUGUUAACCUGUUUUUUAUUUUACUGAAGCUACAUUCUUGAGGGAAAAGCUAAUGGUCGUGUCAACAUGGACAGUGACCUAAGUCCCCAGGAUAAAAAAGACUUGGACAAGUUCAUUAAGUUCUUUGCCUUGAAGACUGUCCAGGUGAUAGUCCAAGCCCGUCUUGGGGAGAAAAUCUGCACUCGCUCUUCCUCAUCACCUACAGGCUCUGACUGGUUUAACUUGGCCAUCAAAGACAUCCCAGAGGUGACUCAUGAAGCCAAGAAAGCACUGGCUGGCCAACUCCCAGGCAUCGGACGCUCCAUGUGUGUCGAGAUCUCCCUGAAGACGUCAGAGGGUGACUCAAUGGAGCUGGAGACUUGGUGCCUGGAGAUGAAUGAAAAGUGUGAUAAGGACAUCAAGGUGUCAUAUACAGUGUACAACCGUCUGUCUGUCCUUCUGAAGUCUCUGCUCGCCAUCACCAGAGUAACACCUGCCUAUAAACUGUCCAGAAAGCAGGGGCACGACUAUGUCAUACUAUACAGGAUCUACUUUGGGGAAGUCCAGCUGAGUGGAUUAGGGGAAGGUUUUCAGACAGUGCGUGUCGGUGUUGUUGGCACCCCUGUCGGCACAGUCACACUUUCAUGUGCCUACCGCACCAACCUGGCAUUCAUGUCAAACAGGCAGUUUGAGCGUUCAGCUCCCAUCAUGGGGAUCAUUGUGGAUCACUUUGUGGAUCCUCCCUGCAGCAGCCAGCGUCCUGCCAAUAUGGGACAGCCCUGCAACUACAGAGCUCCAGAUGAGGAGGACGGAGGACCAUUUGCAGGAGUUCAGGAUUCACAGGAGGUCUGCACCACCUCCUUCUCCACCUCCCCUCCUUCUCAGUGUGUCUGUACACUGAGUCCGUCUCCCUCUAAACUGUCUAAGCCCCUCCCCCUGGACAGUCUACAGCUUCCAUUGGCUCCUGGACUUGUCACUCACACUCUGUACACCUCCAGGUUAUCCUACCAGCCUCCAGCUCUAGCAGGAGCUGCUGAUCUUUGUCACCCUGCUGCCAAUCCAAACCAGGCGUUGCAUGCUGGAAAGGAGGGUGGGGUCGUGUUGGUUCCUGCCCAUCCUCCUCAUGGAACAGAUGCUCAUCUGACAGUAGAGCACGCCCCCAACACACCUGGCAGCAGCGGCGACGAUGACGGUCUGUCACAGAGUGGAGAAGGAAGGAGGGAUGAAGGGAGGAGGAGUGUUUCUCCCUCUGACCCGGUGGAGUCUCUCAAUGCAUUCACUAGGAAAGUCGGAGCCUUUGUCAAUAAACCCAGCACACAGAUAACAGCAGCCAGUCUGGACCUGCCGUUUGCUGCAUUUGCUCCUCGAGGCCUGGACUCAGAGGAGAAUGAUCCCAUGGUACAGCCUCCAGACUCCCCUCCCUGCCCGUCCCCCCUGCAGGCCAGCCUGCACUCUCAGGGCUCAGAGGGAUCAGGGCAGCAGGACGAUUUCGUCAUGGUCGACUUUCGACCCGCCUUCUCUAAAGAUGACUUGUUGCCGAUGGAUUUGGGCACCUUCUACAGAGAGUUUCAGAAUCCUCCACAGCUCGCCAGCCUCUCACUACACAUCAGCUCCCAGUCAAUGGCUGAUGACCUGGACUCGCUGCCAGAGAAACUGGCCGUCUAUGAGAAGAACAUCGACGAGUUUGAUGCCUUUGUGGACAUGCUCCAGUAAAGGAGGAGGAGGAGGAGGAGGAGGAGUGAGGGGAAAAAGGCCAAAAGGAGAGAAGGACUACAUGUGAGAAAAGACUAAAUAGACAAUGAAAGAAUGAAAGGGAAAGGCAGACUCUGUAGUUGUUUGUCCCGUGAGAAUCACUCAAGACUAAAUGACCAUGUUUUAAUGUGAAGCUCCUCAUUUCUGACAUUUCCCUCUGAUCUUCCUCAGCACGCUCACGAUAGUCCUCUUCACUGUAAAUACUAUAUUAAUUCCUCUGACACUGGCACACACCCUAACCCCCUCCCUCUCUGGUCUGGUAGUGUUAAAUCAAACUGAAAAUCUUUAUUUUCUAUGUGGCACAAAGCUGCCCUUGUCAUCAGCAUUUAAUCAGGAAAUCAGAUGAUCAUGGAGUUUUCUGUCACUUUAGACAGCCAUGCAUUUCAAGGACUGACAUAGUUUUUGUUAACUGUAGUUCACUGGUCUCUCCCACCCUGCUGAAGGUUUCCUUUACACCAUUGGCCUUUCUGAUUAUACUUCAACUGAAGGUGAAAGAUGUUACUCUGGAAAUCAAACCUAUACUGUUUGUGUAAUGGGCUUCAGAAAAGGUUUUUUCUUCUAGUGAAAUCUGGAAAAGCUGGUCUUGGCAGAGGACAUUGCACUUAGCCUUACAGUGGAUGCUAGUCUAGUGUUGUAAUUCAAAAAUGCCCUGCUUCACACAUUUGACAGUUUCAACAGCAACUUCAAAGAAGUGACAAGCCUCUCAUUAAUUUACCCUAGCCAGGUGUUCCCAGCUGGACUGGGGAUUUAAACUGCCAACAUCAAUAUAAGCAAAUGAGCCCCAGCGGAAUUUAAAGUGAAUUCACUGUGGCCCUUAUGUGUAGAGGAAAUACGCAUAUUCCAUGCUGAGUCAGUUUGUGGUGGAAGUACACUCAGUUGCUAGUUAAUAAAGUACAUGUAGCUAAAACUAAUGCAACAGCCCAGCAAUAAAUCCUGCUUUCAUAAAGAUUAUAAUGUUCAGUUCCUAUUGAAACUGAUUCUUUAAGUCAUAUUAGAGGCUGUACUUAGGUGUUCCCAAUAUUUUGUCCACCCCAUUUGAUGGAAGAUUGUAAACACCUUCCUGUAUACAUAAAUACAAUUUAAUGAUAACUAAACAUUAAAAUCUUAAUGAUGGUAGGAUUUCUUGCAGGACUGCAGCAUUAUUUUCAGCUUCUUAAUAAACUGACAGUUCUGCAUUUACAGAACUCUGUGCAACAACCAUAUGUAUAUUUUGGGAUUUUGUAAAGGUGGGUUUAACACAUUUCCAGCUGUCUACAGAAGGCACCAGGUCACCAUCCAUGACUGUGCGAGUUUGGUUGAAAGCUUUAAUUUAAACGUUUAUUUGCUGUUGGUCUAGGUGUCCUAAUAAAGCAUGGCUGCUCUGUUGAAACAA